AUGUCGACUACCGACAGUACAACCUUUAAAUUCUAUGCCUUUUUCUUCAAAUGGAUUGACCCAAUCAUUGCUCUCGGAGGAGCUUAUCUGAACUUCAUUGAUCCAAUUGGCGCAGUCACCUCGAUGGCACCCAACUCAAAAUACGACCCGAAUCAAGUCUUUGUCUUCCAUCAGAGUGGCGGCCUUGCAUUGGCUGUUGCUUUUCUGUCCGCUGCCAUUCCCCGAUACUCGAAAGAUAUCACCGUGUGGAGGAUUUUGCAGUUCUCGCUGCUGCUGUCUGACCUGGCGGGCAUUAGCGGAGUGGGUUUUGCCAUGGCCCGCCAAGGGAGACCUGGAGGAACCUGGACUUCGGAUGAUUGGGGCUGUGGUGGAUCUGUCUUGGAGUGCGAUAACCACAUUGACCCCGACAGAUCGAAGUGGGGAGGUUAUGGCCCUCUUGUUUCCAAAUGGCUUAGGUCAAACGAUCGUUUGCAGGAACGCGCACAGAUACGCGUCUGGGAUGUGAAGAAUGCCAUGAACUAUCCGGAGCCAGGAGAUUACGAUGUGCUCAUAAUUACUGGUGCACCCGCGAAUCCAGAAGGCGAGGAACCUUGGUUGGUGAAGCUUCGGGAAUACAUCAACAAGGAAGUGGAAACAACAUCUCAUCAAAAGUUUGUCGGCUUUUGCUUCGGUCAUCAGAUCUUAGCUAUGGCUUACGGGCUAUCCGUUGAGUGCAAUGACUCGGGAUACGAGUUCUCUGCGACAACUAUCCAACUAUCAGAUAUAGGGCAAAGACUGUUUAAACAAGACUCUAUUUGUUUAAACGAGGGUCACCAGUUUGAGGUCAAAGAUCAAGACCUGGGACAACUCCAGAAUCUCGGCUCGACGGAUCACACUCGCAUACAAGGUCUCUUUCUUUCCAAACGCCUUUGGUCGCUACAAGCGCACCCCGAAUUUGACGCUGAAGCAUUAGGUCAAAUACUGGAGUUCGCAAAAUCGAAAUUGUCAGAAGAGGAUUACCAAAGUGCAAGAGUGAGAAAUACUGACAAUGUCGAGCAGCAAGUCGCAUUGGAUUCAUUAGUUAAUUUUAUCUUAGAAUAG